CAUUGGAACACAGGCGUAGAGUAAUCCACACUCAUUGGACUGUUUUGAAACACGUGACGCGCUGACAAACGACAGAAAUGGUGGAAUGGCGGAUGAUGGGGAACAGGUACCCGCUAUUACGGUAAAGGAGCCAUUAGAUCUCGUCCGGCUGAGUUUAGAUGAGCGGAUAUACGUGAAAAUGAGAAAUGAAAGGGAGCUAAGGGGUAGACUUCAUGCAUAUGAUCAGCAUUUGAAUAUGGUACUGGGAGAUGCGGAAGAAACUGUUACCACAGUAGAAAUUGAUGAAGAAACCUACGAAGAAGUAUAUAAAACCACCAAACGCAACAUUCCCAUGCUGUUUGUACGUGGUGAUGGAGUGAUCCUUGUAUCACCACCAAUGAGAGCUGGUGUGUGAGCUCAUAAUGUUUCACUUUUGUUGUGCUGUAUGAUCAUAACUGUAUGUUACAUGCCAAAUUUUAGUACAUUUCCUUUAACAGCAGAAGAAAGUGUAUACCUAUUUCUUAUUGCUUGAAGGAUUAAAGGACAUGUUACUGAAUCAUAACUGCAGCUACAAUAAAACAUAUUUUGUUCAUAAUA